UGCAAUUUUCUCUAGGAAACGGCUAAAACGUAAACAUUAAACCAGGUCGCUAACCAGGCAGCUAAGCUAAAACACUUAUUCUGUCUACUUAAAAUUAUAUAUUUAUUUGUAGUUUUAAAGCUUACGAAGUGUAUGAUUUUAAGCCAUUACAAUAGAAGACUUGAACUGGGUUAGUUUGGUGUGUGAUUGCUGUGAUAAGUUAGCAUGGCGUUAGUUAGCUACUUGCUCAUAGCUGACUCUGAAAGCUCUAUAUAAAAUCAUCACUUAAGACUCGUUUUUAAUUUGUUGAUAUUUGGAAAUGUUAGAUAUUUAUAUGGCCUUGUUUACAGAGUCAAGUUACUUAACUGUAAAGUAGCUGUAUAGAAGAUGUGGCAAUAACUGUUACUGCUAACAACUCCUCGCAUUUUACUUAUAUUGCUGAAUAACGUUGCUUCCGAUACGUUUGUUUAACAAGCUUAGCGGCAAAGUAAUAUUUUCAAAUAAGCAGUUUUAUAUUGAGCACUCAACCAUGGAAGACUAUGAGAAAUUUAUCCAAAGACAAGCCAUCCACAUACGAAGAAAUGUCACUGUAAAGUCUGAACAGCAAAUCAGCCAGGCGUCAUCGAGCAUCAGGUUUUACGGCUUGGCCAUUCUGCCUCCUCUGCUGAACAAAGAUCAGAAGGAAGAAAUACAACACCUGAGAGAAGCAGCCUCUAAUCUUACAAAUAAGAUGGCAGCAUCAUCACUGUCAUGCGUGUCUCAUGUACAGGCCAUACUUGAAAGUGUCCAGUUACGAAAGGUUCCAACCAUUGAAGAGUUUAGAGAUGAGACAGGAUCAGAAAAUCUAUUAAACACUGAAUGCCAAAGUAUCACUUGCAUCCCUGGAGGGAAAAAUGACUACAAUGGAGCUAAUGAAAGCCACCGGAAUUCAUCCUCCUUAACUCUCACACAGCAUUUGCCUGGUGAGAAAAUGGAAAUGGAAAGUCACCCUCUGACAUCUACAGGUUGUGAUGGUCAUACAGCUUUAAGCCUUAGACCUUUUGAAGGAAAAGAUUCUUUGGAGAGCAGCCAUACAACUGUUCUGUUUGGAGGUCUUCCUUUGUUUGGUCGUAGAACAGAGCGAGCUGUGGGGAUGACCACAAGUUUUGGAUUUGACUCUUCCUCACUACUGUAUUCAGAGAAACACUCUACUAUAGAUGCUAGCCACCAAGGGCUUUCAUCCGGAUAUGUGACCAAUGAAACCUGUGACAUCACUCCUAGCUGGGCUAACAGCACGGAAAACGUCAGAAAAGAUCCAGAGGGAAGACAAUCUCAUGGCAGUGAAGUUAUAGUAAAUUCCUCUGGCAUGUCGAAUAGGACUGGAAACAUCAUAAGACACACUCCAGUAGAUGGAGAGGUCCUGGAGAAGGAGUUUGCUCUCUCAAACAAUGCACAGACUGAUGAGGUUACAGAGCCAGCAAAUUUUGCAGUGGAGCCAGCUGAAGAACCCUACCGCAUGAGUCUUCAGAAUCUUUUGAAGAAAUCUCAAGAGUAUCGGCGGCGUCAACGCCUCCUGCGAAACCAGGCAAAGGCUUCGAAAACCAGUGAAGCUGGAUGUGCCAAUGAACACAGUCUGUCUGAUAAGGAAAAUGAGGGAUCGCUGCUAGGGGACACAGGGAAAACUGAGGUCAGGAGAACUACUGAGAACCAGAGGGAGGAUCAUUUAGCAGAUCGAGAUCCCCAGACACACAAACGUGGUGGAGGGAGAGAGAGUGUAGAGCCUUGUGAAGUCGUCUGCCAGCACACAGAUUGCCUUAAUCUCACUUCAGCCUCAAACAGCACGGGGUGUACAAAUGGAAAAGCAUCAGCUUUCUCAAACAGUCCAAAUAUAGCUGUCAGUCCCACUCAAUCCACUUCAGCAAAAUCUCUUUACCAGUCCAAGGGCAAGAAGAUGGGCAGCAUGCUGCCCAGGCCUUGCCUAACAGGAAAUAAAAAAUUUAAGAAUGUUCCAACUCUCAAGUUUUGCUUAAGCCCUGUGCGCAGUAAGAAAGGCAGUGCAACAGCUACCUCUGUCAGAAAGCCCCUGGUCAAGAUGCCUGUCUGUGUAGAUGAGGAAGCAAGGCCAAAUCCUUGUGGACAAAGCAAAAUCAGGGCUGUGAGUCUCCUACCAGAAACAGAGGGCGGUGCACCUUUGUGCAAGAGUAUGGAUCAGGCCAAACAGAUCUCUCAGCUGGAGCUUAACCUGUCAAGCCUUAAAGUUCUAAUCUCCGAUCUGGAGUCUACACUCACAGAGUCUCAGGCACACAGUCCCACAGAGACAGCCAACAACCCCCAGCAAAGCCUGCUUUCGGAACAUGAAAGUGUCUGUCUGCCUACUGGUGACGGAAAGUCUCCGUGUGUGGUUACCUUUAGCGAGACUGUGCAGCAGAAAGUCCUAGCUAAGGGUUAUGAGAUACAGCAAGGGAAUAAACAGCAUGAGCCACCACAACGUGUGACCUCUUUGGUGAAAAAAAUGAGAGUGCCGGAGGCGGCCCGUCCUAUCAGUCGUUCAGUGCAGCUCUCUGAGAGGACCGCUGUCCUUACAAAUGCCAACAUUCAGCUUGAAGAGAGGAAAAAUGCCUUAGGCGACAAAAAGAAAGCAUCUGAAAACAUGGAUGACUCCCUAAAUGGCUCGUGUCUUAAUCGGUCAUAUGAUGUGGACACACCCUCAGGACUGUGGUCCCAGUCUGGGUCCAGAGAAAACGAGCUGACCCCAGAGCUGGGCGGGCAAGAUGGGGUGUCGCGUGCCAAACGCAGGCUGCUAAUGAACAUUGCAGAUGGAAACAACUUGGGCCAACAGGUUAAUGAGGAACGACCUCAGUCCAGUACACCUAAAGCGAUGCAGAGAGCUGUGCAGGAGCUACAGCUGAGGGAUGAGCAUGACGCGCAAGUCAAAGCACUGAUGGAGGAGCAGCAGAGGCAACAGUAUGAGCUGCUGCAGUCUUUGACAAUGAAGUACCAGUUUCUCCAGAGCGUGUCCUUCCCAUGUCCCAGCUCAGGAUCACGUCUGGAGGACAUGACAACCUCCUGUCUCUCCUCCUCCCCUGUUUCUGUGGGGCCGGGCUCUUCUUCCCAUCCACAUGAACUCACUCUGGCUGAACUGAGUGCUCUGUCAGAUUCAUUGCAUAUAUCACAGUCACGUCUUCCUCUGUGUUAUCGCCCCCUGGUGGCAGCAGCUGUGAAAGGCUACCUGACACGCAGGCUUCUUCAUACAGAGAGAGUAGCUCAGCUCAUCAGAACCAUUAAGGACACUCAGCUGUUCCUCCAGGGCUUCCAGCCUCCCACGCCCGGCCGGGAGUACAGCAGCAAACAGGAUCGAGUCCUACAAGAGAGAGUCACACUACAGUUGCGCUCAGCACGUUAUGAGUUGCACAACCUCUUCUUCAGAGUGAGGCCUGCAGAGCGCAUGCAGGUAAUCAGCUGGGACCGGCAGCUGACCAGAGAGAGAGAGCUCAGACAUAAGGAGAGUACAGAGCUGCAAGGCAGAGGGAAAUGCUCUCUGUCUACUGCCACCAGAAAAGCCCUGGAGAGGAAGAGGAAAAUAAUGUUACAGAAGAAAGCGGCAGAAAGGACAAAGCCGGCAGUGGGUGCAGAGGAAAGAUGGACGUUUGUGCCAAACCCACGCAGAGUUCCAAAGAAGACUACUCCAUUACGGCGCAGGUGAAGAGCUUACACUUCUGCUGCACACACAGACGCCAACACAGCACGGGGCCUUGCUAGAAUAUCACCAUGUCAUGUUUAAUGACACAAUGCCUUUAUUUAUUUCUUUUUCACGUUAGGUGUCAAAAUUUGGAAAAGUUUUCAAAUUAUUCAUCUUGCCAAGUUUAUUGUGAGAUGUAGGAAAAUAUGCUUGCAAAUUGACAGGUUGUUGAUAGUUAAUGUAUUUUUAUUUUUUUUACUCUCAGCUAUAUGUCCGCUUACUUAACUUAUUUUGUAUUUGCAUCCAUCCACUUUCUAAUAAAUGACUAUUCUGACA